UGCCAGCCGCGGGCCCAGAAUAGCAGCACUGCCCUGCAGUCAGCAUGGAGCGACUCCCCGGACCCACUGCGCCCCAGGUGGCGCUGCUGGAUGCUGCUGCCCGCCCCGAGGAAGAAGGUGGGUAGCAGGCAGGGCCUAGGUGUGUAGGAGGGGGUGGCUGGCUCACUCGUGCAAUGAGUGCAUUGGUUCUCUGGCCAUCCUGCCCAUACCCCUCAUUGCCCCACUCAUCAGCUCCUUCCCAUCAGCUCCCAGUGCCCCCAGGCUGGAGAGCAGCAGUGCUCUGUGCUGCCCCUGUGGGGUGGGGAAUGGGGGGUUCUGUGGGGAGCACCCCCACUCCCCCCAGGAAGGAGGGCUCUGAGACCUUACAGCUCAGCUCACCAGCCAGGACUGGGGCAGGUUUGCCUACAGGGUUCCCAGAGGCCUUGUGCCCCAGGGAGGAGGUGGAGGAGGAGGAGGAAGAGGACAGGCAAAGGAGCCCAAGACCUGUCACCUUUACACUGGGCAACGAGAUACUGGGGCUGGGCCCGGAGAGUGAGUUUCAGAGCCCUGAUGCUGAGGUCUACAUGCACUUCAUGAGGAGCCACUGCUGCUACGAUGCCAUCCCCACUAGCUGCAAGCUGGUUGUCUUCGACAUCUCUCUGGAGAUUAAGAAAGCCUUUGUCGCACUGGUGGCCAAUGGGGUUCGUGCUGCCCCACUCUGGGACAGCAAGACGCAGAGCUUUGUGGGUGAGUGCCAGCAGUGCCGCCUGGCCCCUUCCCCUACCUGCCUGCAAGGGGUGUGGGCAUUGCUGCCAGCCCCACGUGUCUCCGCAGGGAUGCUGACUAUCACCGACUUCAUCAACAUCCUCCACCGCUACUACCGCUCGCCCCUGGUUCAGAUCUACGAGGUGGAGGAGCACAAGAUUGAGACCUGGCGAGAGGUGUACCUGCAGGGCUCCUUCAAGCCGCUGGUCUACAUCUCCCCGAGUGAUAGCCUUUUCGACGCUGUCUACUCCCUGAUCAAGCACAAGAUCCACCGCCUGCCUGUCAUCGAGCCCAUCUCGGGCAACGUCCUUCACAUCCUGACGCACAAACGCAUCCUCAAGUUCCUUCACAUCUUUGGCUCCACCAUCCCCAAGCCACGCUUCCUGAAGAAAACAGUGCAGGAGCUGUGCAUCGGCACCUUCCGUGACGUGGCUGUCGUGCCUGAGACUGCGCCCAUCUAUGCCGCCCUGGAGAUCUUUGUGGACCGCCGCGUCUCUGCCCUGCCUGUCAUCAAUGAUGCUGGGCAAGUGGUCGGCCUCUACUCCCGGUUCGACGUCAUUUGCCAGCACAAUGGGGUGCGAGGACAUGUCGGGGGCACUGAGCGGGGCCACGUCUCCCACAGCACCUGGCAGCCCAGAAGACCUACAACAACCUGGACAUCAGCGUGCGGGAGGCACUGCGGCAGCGCACCACCUGCCUGGAGGGGGUCCUCACCUGCUAUCCCCAUGAAACCAUGGAGGACAUCAUCGACCGCAUUGCAAAGGAGCAGGUCCAUCGCCUUGUUCUGGUGGACGAGAACCAGUACCCACGGGGCAUCGUCUCCCUCUCAGACAUCCUCCAGGCCCUUGUGCUCACUCCCGCAGGGACAGGGCUCACUCCUGGGCCGCGCUGGGAGCACACGGCCCGGCCACCUUCACCUGGCUCCUCUCACCCACUGCCUGGCAUCGACCGAGCCUCACUCUGAAGACACCAGGGAAGUGCAGUUGUCUCAUCUGGCUCGGGGGUCUCUUGCGGGGCUCUGGGGCCAUGGAAGGAGGCUUGGGCCCUGGAGGCUCUCCAUGGGGAGAGCCUGCCUGCCUGCCUUAGUCCUGGGGCUCGUCUUGAGUCCAGGGCCAGAUCCUGCCAGCCUCGGGGAGGCAGGGAGCGGAGAAAAGAGGGCCCAGGGGUGCCUCCCGCCAGUGAGCACAUGGCGAUGCUUGAUGGGCACCGUGCUGCGAGGAGCCGUGUCAUGUCCGCAGCUGGGCGCAGGGACCGGCAUGGCCACCCUGCUCCCAUCCUGCUGCUGGAUUUGGCGCUUUGGCUGUGGCUCCCCCUGCUCGGUGAGCACAGUCCUGCCGGUUGCACCCACUGCCCGGUAGCAUAGACUCUGCUGCACACACAGGCUUGUUUAUUGUAGGGUCACAUGGGGCUGGAGCUCUGUUGCAGAGGCACAGUCUGCACCGGGGCUGGUGCCAGGAUGGGCACUUGCAUGGGGACCCUGUGCACGUUUUGGGGUGGGCAGGGGGUAUUUAUUUAUUUGCUAGUCUGUUCAGCCUUGUAAUAAAGCAGCCUGCUCCAGGCACUGUUGCCUCA